ACAAGUUGUCAGCACCAAACGCUCUGCUGGCUCGGAGCGCAUCAAAUUAAAAUCAAUUAAAUCCAAUCAAAGCGCCCAUAUUGAAGCCCCAACUAUAUUGCUGGGCAGCAGAGAAUCUUCGCGAUAACGCUGCAGAUAAGAUAAACACCUCCAACUCCCCCGACAGGUGACAAGAAGGCGACAGAAUGUGGCGACAGCUCAGCGGAGUCGCACGAACAGGCGCCAACUUGAAGUUCUGCGGGAUGCGAGGACUCUCCGCUUUGGUGCAGGACAAGGCCCUGGUGGAUGGCGCCUGGGUGGAGUCGAGCAACUCGAAGGCCACCUUCGAGGUCAGGAAUCCUGCCAAUGGAGCCGUGAUUGGAAAGGUGCCCAACAUGACGGUGGAGGAUGCCCAGAAGGCCAUCGAUGCCGCCAAGCAGGCCUACGAGUCCAAGGAGUGGCGAUCCUUGACGGCCAAAGAUCGCUCCAAUCUGCUCAAGAAGUGGCACAAGCUGAUCGAGGAGCACUCCCAGGAGAUAGCCGAGAUUAUGACGGCGGAGUCGGGCAAGCCCAUCAACGAGUCCAAGGGGGAGGUGGCCUACGGCAACGCCUUCGUGGAGUGGUUCGCGGAGGAGGCCCGUCGCGUCUACGGCGAGAUUGUGCCCAGUGCUGCUCCCAACCGGGAGAUCAUUGUGAUGAAGCAGCCCAUCGGCGUGGCCGCCCUGAUUACCCCCUGGAACUUCCCCAUGGCCAUGAUCACACGAAAGGCUGGAGCUGCUCUGGCGGCAGGGUGUACUGUGGUGGUGAAGCCCUCCGAGGACACUCCUCUCACCGCACUGGCUGUGGCCAAGCUGGCAGUGGAUGCAGGCAUCCCAAAGGGCGUGAUUAAUGUGGUGACCACAAACAAGGCAGCUCCCAUUGGCGAUCUCUUCUGCAAGAGCCCCGACGUGAGGGGCAUUUCCUUCACUGGCUCCACCGAAGUGGGCAAACUGCUGUUCCGCAACUCCGCCGAUGGCAUCAAGAGGAUUUGCCUGGAACUCGGCGGCAACGCUCCGUUCAUUGUCUUCGAUUCGGCCAACAUUGAGAAAGCGGUGGAUGGCGCCAUGGCCUCCAAGUUCAGAAACUGCGGACAGACCUGCGUGUCCGCCAACAGGUUCUUUGUUCAGGACAGCGUCUACGAUAAGUUUGUGGCGCAGCUGAAGAAACGCGUGGAGGCCUUGAAGAUCGGCGACGGCCAGGGAUGCGAUGUGCAAAUCGGUCCCCUGAUUAACGAAAUGCAGUUCAAGAAAGUCAGUGGCUUUGUGGAGGAUGCGAGAUCCAAGAAGGCCAACAUUAUCUUGGGAGGCAAGCCUCUGUCUGACCACGGUGCCCUUUUCUACGCUCCCACAAUAGUGACAGAUGUUCCUCCCUCCGCCCAACUAUAUUCCGAGGAGGUCUUUGGCCCUGUGGUCUCCAUCAUCCGUUUCCGCGACGAGGAGGAGGCGGUGAAGAAGGCCAACGAUACCAGGAGAGGCCUGGCCGGCUACUUCUACAGCGAGAACCUGCAGCAGGUGUUCCGUGUGGCCAAGCGACUGGAGGUGGGCAUGGUCGGCGUCAACGAGGGCAUCAUCUCCGCGGCGGAGGCACCAUUUGGCGGGGUCAAGGAGUCUGGGGUGGGACGAGAGGGUUCCAAGCACGGCAUCGACGACUACGUGGACAUCAAGUACAUCUGCAUGGGCAACCUCAAGUACGACUGAAGUCCAGCGGAGAAGCCUCUUCCACUGCUUUCAUUUGCUGUCUUCCACUAGAAUGCGAUUUGUUGAUUGUUUUAUAAUUGUUGUAGAAAAACACGCCGCUAUUUUAAUAAAUGUGCACUAAGUCUACCUUAA